UCUCUCCGUCGGGGUCACUGAUGCUUUUUUCCUUCCUCUGUCUCUCCCUAUCUCUCUGCCACAAUGUGCUUCAGAACAGACGCCGGGAAAACUUAGAGGACAGGAGCGAGGAGCGUGGAUUUCUUAUGAUCUCAAAGAGACUGGAGCCUCACGUGGCGAGUGAGGCCUCAUGGUCGGAGCAUGCCAUGUGCUAGAGCGGUGAGGCAGUGGGAGAUCAGGCCCACGUCUGCUCUGCGGGGGAUCAGACGCUCCAGGGCCCUGAUGUGGCAGCGGAUACGGGGACUGGUCCGGGCCUGCCGGCACGGUGUGGGAUACCCAGUGAACUACAAUGACCAGGCCCCAGAGGAACAGGAGAUGGUGUGCCUUGAGCCCAUGGGAUCAGAGCGGAUGGAGAUGCGAAAGAGGCAGAUGUCGGUGCAGCAGGAGUCGGCAGCGGGGGGAACUGCACCGGCCCAGCAGGGCCAGCCGGGCCAGGCCAACCCACGGGGCUCAAAUGCAUGUUGCUUCUGCUGGUGCUGCUGCUGUAGCUGUUCCUGGAAUGAAGACCGGGAUGAAAGGAACCGAAAGACUUCUUAUGACGUCAAAGAAGGGACCUCAGACUGUGAAGACUGCCCUAAGCCCACGCUGGAGGAGGUGCGCUCGUGGGGCCAGUCGUUUGAUAAGCUAAUGUGUUGCCCAGCGGGGAGGAACUCCUUCCGACAGUUUCUUCGCACCGAGUUCAGCGAGGAGAACAUGCUCUUCUGGUUAGCCUGUGAGGAGUUCAGCAAAGACACCAAUAAGAGCACGGUAGAGGAGAGGGCUCGAGUCAUCUACGAGGACUACAUCUCCAUCCUCUCGCCUAAAGAGGUGAGCCUUGACUCCCGUGUGCGUGAGGCGAUCAACAGGAACAUGCAGGAACCCACCUUGCACACGUUCGACGACGCCCAGCUGCAGAUCUACACGCUAAUGCAAAGAGACUCGUAUCCCCGCUACAUGAACUCCCCAGCCUACAAAAACCUGCUCAACACUCUGUCAGAGCAGUCCCCCGAAUCUUAGGGUGGUGAUGACCUGUGAUAUUUUAACUCUCUUUAUCCCCCCCUUCCUAUUCCCUUUUUUAAAUUUUUUCUUUAUAUGUUCAGUGUAGGAUUACAUGAAACCGGGCCUCGGGCCUGGCCCCUCCCAGGGAUCUCAGCGCUAUUGUGAUCUGCACCUGACUGAAGACACUCAGGUCUCAAAAAAAAAUCUCCCGAGGGCUCGACAUCACAAGUACUGCUACAGAUCAACAUAGCAAAACACUCCAAAGGAAUAUGAAUACAUUUUAUUUCUGUUUUCUUUCUUUUGAUAGAAAUAAUCUAUUUUAUUUGUGUUCAGAGUUUUUUAUGGUCCGUUGUUUUUUUGUAUGAUUGUUUGGGGGGAAAAUGAUUCCUACUGUAGAUUAUAUAUAUUUAUGAGUUUGUAAAUAGUAAAAAUGGAAUUGUGGGUAUUUUAUGUAGAAACGCCUGGUUCUAUUUACUGCGUAUGAAAAUCAAAGCUCAAGUCAAAGGCUACGUGUUAGCUCUACUUGCAGGCAGCUUUGUGGGGUACUGUAUGAUUUUACCUUGGUUUCACCCUGUUUCGUUACCUAACCUCAUACUUUGGUACCUGUGACAGCGACUUGGCAACUCCAGUUCGUGUAGAAACUGUGCGUGAUUGAAACUGCUCUAAGUGUGGUUAUCAGUGAAGUGACAGAAAGUGACGAUAGCGCUUGUCACGGUGUGCAAUUUGUUUCCGUAAGAAACUCAAAUCAAUGAUGAAAGGGUAUUUUAACUUUCUUUACUGAACCACAGAUGAUUGCCUAUUUAAGACUGAUUUUUUAUUUUAUUUUAUUUAAGUGUGACUCAAUUCACACCUCAUAGGUUUAAUAUAGUAUUACCAGUGUGACAAAAGAACCUAAGUAAUUCUAUUUACCAGAUAAAGUAUUUUUUUAUUUAUUGAUAUCUAUUGCCAAUACAGAAAAAACAAUAAGUACAAAUUAUAUUUAAGUCCUACGGUGGAUUAACUAUACUGUUUGGACACUGUCAGAGACUGUAGAAAUUUGGGUUUAUUUUAUGAGUCUGUAAUUUCCUCAUAAUUUCUGAGAAUUUUUAUUAUUUUUAGUAAUUUGUUACUAAUUUUGGCAGGAAAUGAGAAUAUCCUUGAAAGAACUGCCACAUUUAAAACCAAGUAAAUAUUAAUACAUUAUUAAAUCAUGAUUGGAGACUUAAAGGUGCUGUAUGUAACUCUGGAGAAAGAUAGUUGAUUAUUUUGUUUCAUUCCCAGAUGGUCAAAUACAGACGCUUUGGGUUAGUAACAGUAUUUGACGACCUGGGAAUUUAACUCAACAAUCAAAUAUCUUUCUCCAGAAUUACAUAAAGCACCUUUAAAGGAAUAGCCUGACAUUCUGGGUAACAUUACUAAUUGCUUCUGAAAGUAAAGCCUAGUUCAGACCAAAGAUUCGCGAUGAAAUGAAACCAUUUUAGAACGUGGCAGAGAAAAGUGGCAGUGGUGUGAGCUCGACUGAAGCCAGCUGAUGGUGUCACCUGCAACUCCGCUGGUCGAAUCGCCGGCAGCUGGUUUUAGAACGUAAGGCUUGUCACCUGUUUCAACAGCCAGUCAGCUUGUAGUGAAGUCCGCUGGUCAAGUCAAAAUGACUGCAGAUGGCAUGAUCGCUUGCUGCUCCAUCCCUGCUGAGCCUCUGUUUCUGUCCUUAUGUGUGCCAGUGUCAGAUGGUGGGUCGCUGCUGCAGCUCGCUGUGUAUGCUUAUGCCCCCAUACACACAUUGUCACUGACUACCUAAAUUGCGCUGCUUACUUAUAUUAUUGUGACGUAGUUAUUAUGAAUACAGUCCAUCUGAUGCUCGUUUUGUUUCUGUUAUUCG